CAGUAAUCCAGCCCCUUUAAUAUCAGUGCGGUGGUCCACCACUCGAAAAAUAAACCAUCAUGGAGUACAGACUGCCGAACAUGUUACUGUUAGCCAUCCUGCUGGUGUCUGAAGGUUUUUUUGGGCUGCAAGCGCAAGAGGAUGGCGAGGGCAACGACACAUGGGCUGGGAAAACCUGCAAGUGUGACCGUGAUUCCUCUAGCAAGUUGCUUUCCAAAGGUUCUUCAUCAAGUAGGGGACAGGAGAUGGACUGCAUUCCAGAGUGUCCCUACCAUAAGCCCCUGGGUUUCGAGGCAGGAUCGGUGACUUCAGAUCAGAUCAGCUGCUCUAAUGAAGACGAGUACACAGGCUGGUUCUCCUCAUGGGUUCCAAGCAAAGCAAGGCUCAACAACCAAGGAUUUGGGUGUGCCUGGCUGUCUAAAUUCCAGGAUACCAACCAGUGGCUUCAGAUUGAUCUGAAGGAGGUCAAAGUGGUUUCUGGUAUCCUGACCCAGGGCCGCUGUGACUCUGAUGAGUGGAUUACUAAGUACACUAUGCAGUACCGCACCAAUGAGAAGCUCAACUGGAUCUACUACAAAGACCAAACUGGAAACAACAGGGUGUUCUAUGGAAACUCUGACCGCUCUUCCACAGUCCAGAACCUGCUGCGUCCACCUAUCGUAGCACGUUACAUCCGCAUCCUCCCUCUCGGCUGGCACACUCGUAUCGCCAUCCGCAUGGAGCUGCUACUUUGCAUGAAUAAAUGCACCUGAUCUGGAACAUGUCAGCAAAGCCAUACCCAACUACUUCCUGUUCCACCUCUUUUCUUGUGUCACAAUAUGCCAAAGUGAAUAUCAUUGCCCAAUCACUGCACUCAAUUCAUUUAUUUUUAUUCUCUGGUAUUUUUCAAGGAAGAAAUGGUCAUUAGCAUGUGUUACAGUUACAUUUAUUUGUGUUCAAAGUUACAUAUAAAGCCCUUUUUUCAUGUUAUGUUGUAUUCAUUAUAUGAAGUUUGUUGCUUUGGCAAAUCAGACUUAAAGGUUUUGCUUAUCUGGAGAGAGGUGGGAGAUCUCAUGGAGUGUUGUAUUAUUGUGUGUUCUAAUGUGGUUUGUGAUGGUGAUGUAGCAUGUUUCAUUUCCACAGUUUUGACCAAAUCCCUUUUUGUAUUUACUAUGAGCCUACAUUGUUUAAUUGUGUUUGUGCACUUACCUGAGAAACAUUGCCUUUAAAUAAAGGAAGUCUCUCUCUGUACCUUG